CCAUAAGCAAAUGUGUUGCAUUUCGCCUUAAUUUUUGGCUAACCCAAAGCAGCUAGCGUUAGGUAGCGUUGUUGAACUUGCUAAAGUAGUUUGUCUUAAUAAUUCACGCGUUUCUUGUCGAAAAUUCUCUUUAGUUGCUUUUUUACUCCAUGUCGGUUCACCAGGUGCCAGACAUUGCUAUGGCCCAGGAAACCAAUCAGAGCCCAGUUCCUAUGCUGUGUACCACUGGCUGUGGUUUCUACGGUAACCCUAGGACCAAUGGCAUGUGCUCUGUGUGCCACAAGGAGCACCUGUCAAGACAGAACAAUGGAGGAGUCAGUUCAUUGAGUGUUGUGGGCGGCAGUAGCCCCUCAGCUGAGGCAUCUGCCAUCCAGAGGUUGGAGGCGACUUUGAAUAAUGCUGCAGCUGCUGCGGUUGCUGCUGCAGAGGAGGCCGCUGCCUCUGCUGACACGAUUGAUCCUUUCAGUGGAAUUUCAGCAGCGUCUUCUGUCAUGCAGCAGAUGACAGAAAUGAGCCUCUCCUGUGAGGAGAAAGCAGCAGAGCUCACAGAGCCAGUGGUGAGUCAGCCCACAGUUUCAUCUUCCUAUCAUGCCACUGCUGUCACUGAAGAGUCCAAAACCCCUGAGCCCCCAAAACACAAGAAAAACCGCUGCUUUAUUUGCCGCAAAAAGCUUGGACUAACAGGUUUUGACUGUCGCUGUGGGAAUCUGUUCUGUGGUUUUCACCGUUAUUCUGAUAAGCACAACUGUCCAUACGACUACAAAGCCGAUGCCGCUGCCAAGAUCCGCAGAGAAAAUCCUAUGGUUGUUGCUGACAAGAUCCAAAGAAUAUGAAUGGGAGUACUUGAAAAGUGGGAGGAAUUCUUUAAACCUGGACUUGAGCCUGACCUUCGUCCUGAAGGAUUUUUCUUUUUUUCCCCCCCCCCCUUGCUCCAAUCAAUACACAUUCAAGACUUUCCUCUCACUGCAUGAAACUUCAGUUUGACUUUCAGCUUUCUUUUCCUCUGUGACUUGGAAACUUUAAAUCUAGAGUGUUUGUGGAAAUCCCAGAGGGACAAAUCAGCCCUUUACGGAAUGUUGCAGAUGAGCAUCCUGCAGUCUAUCGUGCAGUCACACCAGAAUCGUUUGAACUCUGCUUGGACAGUUUUUAGACACUUGGGGCUGUUUUCACUCUCACUGUUACUGCUAUUGGCUGACGGCACUGACUCAGCUGUGCUUGCUCUCUGCUGGCUCGAGGAGCAAAAGGUGUGUGUGUGGGAGGUAGUCACCGGCCCUAUUUAAACCUUCCUGACUUAUAAGUUUGCAUCCUGGUGGGUUUUGCCAAACUGAAAAGUUUCCCUGCAGGAAUCUGAUAUGCAGCUCAGUUGCAGCCACUUUUUUUGGUUGUUGGGGGAUGCACACGUUUUGUUUUCCUCCUGCUCUGUAUGCCCGUUGUCUGUUGUUGAUCUUGGACUGAGUGAAUCACGCUGUGUUUCGAUGCAGACACUGUGAUUUCCUGCUACUCUGGUUAAACGGCCGCUUUGAUAGCCAUCUGCUGAAGUUGCAGAAUCAAUGUCGGAUUCUUUUUUUUGUUCCUGAAAUGUUUCACAAAAGUUGUGUUGUGUGACAAGUAGCCUGAACUUGAAUUAAUUUUGCCUUUAAUAAGGAUAGCUCAACUAAUGUUUUCAUCUUUUACUCCAUGUUUGAAUGUUUGUGUGUUUCCUUCAUGUGAGCUGAAGGUUUUUAUGUUAUUUGGUGUGAUUAUUGACAACUUUUUUUUUUUGAGUACACGUUGAUGGCUGGUGAUGUUGGUCUGGUGCAUUUAUGUAGUGAGACCUGUGAACGUAGCUAAUUUUCUUAAUUUUGGUCUGCCUUUUUUAUUACUCCUUAGUUAUGCACGUUUGUACAGAUAUCUUUAUUUAUAUACAGCAGUGCUUAAUCUUCCUAAUCCUACAGAAUAAAGUCAUGUGAAUAAAUUAUGUUCACAUGUUUAGAA